CUAGAUCGCAACCCAUAUAUAAAAUGCCCAAUCGCCACCGCGGCGCCUCCGAUCUCGAGCAAGCUGCGGCGUUCGCGGAUCUUCUCCGUCUCCGAAGAUGUCGAAGCGAGGGCGCGGAGGUUCGGCCGGAAACAAGUUCCGGAUGUCGCUGGGUCUCCCGGUGGCGGCGACGGUGAACUGCGCCGAUAACACGGGCGCGAAGAACCUCUACAUCAUCUCCGUGAAGGGGAUCAAGGGACGCCUCAAUCGGCUCCCCUCGGCGUGCGUCGGUGAUAUGGUGAUGGCCACCGUGAAGAAGGGGAAGCCCGAUCUUAGGAAGAAGGUGAUGCCCGCCGUCAUCGUGCGGCAGCGCAAGCCCUGGCGCAGAAAGGAUGGUGUCUACAUGUACUUCGAAGAUAACGCUGGAGUUAUCGUGAACCCAAAAGGAGAAAUGAAAGGAUCUGCGAUCACAGGACCCAUCGGAAAAGAGUGUGCUGAUCUGUGGCCCAGAAUUGCAAGCGCAGCCAAUGCCAUCGUGUAGCGCUGCUACCAUGCGGCCACCUGCAUUAUCUUAGGAUUUUUAUUUUGAUUUUUUUCCUUUUUCCUUUCUGUUUUGGAUGGCCUUUAAAUUUUGUAAUGCUAGGUUUAUUCUACUCUCUGGACUGGUUUUGGUUAAGUUUGUGAACCUUGGCUUUUGUAUUCCAUUUUUAUAUUCCUGAACCUUUCAGUUAUGUUUUA